CUGGUUGGGUUACAAAUGGACAGUCGGUCGGUGAUCGAGUGGCCCAGGUUAGUUACCGUCAUCAUGAAGAUCCUAUUUGCUACCAUGUUGGGCUACUUGCUCCUUGGUUUGGCGCUGUCCCAUGCCAGCUUUGCAACUGCCACAAAUGGAGCGAUUCCAGCAGUGAUUCCGGCAGUGCCCGCUGCUGUUCCUCGCCUGGUUCCCGUGGCCACCAGCCAUCAGUUUGUCACUCGAAACUGGAAUCGAGUUUUCGUGCCCCCCGCCACGGUGGCCACUUAUCCCAACACCUACGUUAAGUACAACGGUGGCUAUCCGGCGUAUCCCGCCUACAAUUACCCAUACUCCGCCACCUAUCCGUACACCUAUCCCUACUACUAUCCCACUUAUAACGUUGGAUAUGGUUACAAGGGUGUCUGGUGAUCGUUGUACUGGGAAAUGUGCAACGUACAUAGCCUACCUUUAAUAUAUUGUGAUAAUACUCGAUACCAAAUGAUAUCAUAUUAUGAAAUAUAUGACAAAUUUAAUCAAAAACUUAAUUCAUAUCUUAAAUUAUAUAGGAUUCAUACAAAAGUUGUUACAAAAUAUGUAUUAUAAAUGAUUGUCUCAAUAUUAAAUAUACGUUUUUCUUUGCCCAUUUAAUGAAUAUGCCCAGAAAUAUUCGAAUAUUUGUUAUUAAGGAAUAUCACACCUGUAUA